GUGAAGUUGGAACGUUAGAGGGGACGGUUUGCGUAGUAAAAAAACUGGCAAUACCAUCAAACUACUUGUUUAAACUUUUCUUAUGGUUGGUUCGCUCUGACAGAAAACGAAGGAGUACUCAUAGAGGCUUAAGGUAAAAAAGAUGGCUACAGAUACGCUCACGGGUGUUCUUGUCAAUGUCUCUGGAUCCAUGAGAUACAACGCUGUUGGGAGCAGUGCAGAAGAUGAAGGGGAAUAUAUACGAUCCGCAUUCCAGGUCGUGGAUGAUGUCAUAAAACAUGACGUUUCGAGUGACAAUCAUGUGUUCACAAUUUGCGUUGGUGGGAGAAGUCGCAAUGUUGUUUUUGACAUGUUACGCUCAGUCAAACGAAUAAACGAACUACGGAAUGACACUUCACCAGCAACGAGUGACCAGAUGGAGAAGAUUUAUAGAGUUCUGGAGCGAAGUGGAGCAAGGUAUCUGAGACGUUGGGCGGAUCCUGAAAGGGUUAAGCAAUUUCUUACAAAUGCAAAGGCUGACCACAUUUUUUAUCAGUUGGAAGACAAUGGUUAUUUGGCAAAAAGAUUUGUCUAUGAAUGUCUACCUUCCGCAUGUUGUGAUUGGGGAAAUGUUAUAAUUGAAAAUAUACCUUUUGUUGGAGGGUUUUUAGGCAGCAUAAUGAAGGUAGGCCGAACGGCUACUACAGUAGCAGCCACAGGAGUUGGAAUAACGGCUAAAGACAGCGAUAUUGAAGAAGCUGUGCGAAAGGGGUUAAACCUGGUAUCCUCGGAUAUGUUAAAAAAUGUUGAUAUCAAUUCCAUCUUCGACGUUCAGACAGCUGCUUCCAUUUUACGAGCAACAACAAGGGAAGAAGAACUCACCUCGGAGAGAAGAAGACAAUUGCUCGAUAAUGUCAAACCAUACAUUUAUGGAGAUACUCAUGUUCAGCGCCUUAGAUUCAGCGUUAACCUUAUUUAGGAACUCGGUCGCUUCGAAAAAGGUUUUGGUUAUAUUGUCAGAUGGUGAACCAAGUGACAACGGAUAUAUCGAUACCGUUUCUAAAGACCUUCAGAAUGAACACGUGGACGUUGCAUGCUGUUUUAUUUACAGGGGAUCGCAAAUCAGCCCCAAGCGAUUGUUUUGUACCACCGAGAACAGCUGGGAAGCGGGAGCGAGAUUCCUAUUCAAGCUCAGUUCACACGUCCCAAGUAACCUUAUGCCACGCGCAAUUCUUAUCAAAAAUGGCUGGGACCUUGAAAUAGAAAAAAACGAAACCAAGCUGUUUAUACAUGUAAACCAUCCAGACCACAUCGAAGAUUUUUGCAGAGUAGCUAAGCGUACUAUCUGCUGCCAAGACUACUUGUCAGACUUACUUGUUACCGUUGCUGUCGACAUCUAUAUCAACCAAAGUACAUUAGCCUUAUCUGCAAAGGAACAGGUUGGCUAUACUUGCUACGCAAACGCAUCUGCUGCUGCUAUCCAUAUGGCAAUGAAGAGAAUUCACGGCCGAGAGGGUGGUUACCCAGACUUCAACACGCUUCGACAAGAGAUGAUAACUGCUUAUGGGAAUAGUGGUGCAAAUACAUUCAUGGUGUUGCAGACUGUGUGCCUAAAAUACCGGCUCAGGUGUCAGGAAAUUAGUCCACAGGGCGCACUCGAAGCAGUUGUUGCCAAGCGAAUUGUCGUUGCUAAGUUUCGCUUGACAGAUAGAGAAUGGGAAACUUUUCGCGAUUUCUACGGACGCGAACCUAACGGCAUUCUGACAAGAGCAAUUAUUGAUGUACGCCAGCGUUCACCGUCCGAAACUCAAAGCGGCCAUGCUGUGGUGUUAACCAGCUAUAAUAGCCGUUGUCUCAUCCUGAUGAACUCAUGGGGAGAUACAUGGGCAGAUAUGGGCUUCUUCAGAGUCGAAAGUACCGACGUGCUUGGCCUUCGAUUCAUGGACGUGUAUUGGAAUGAGGAAGAUCUGACCGAAAACGAAAAGGCCAGUUAUCGUGCCCACGGUCCUGAGGUUGCUAGGAAACUCAUGUCCAUGCUGAAGGGCCUUCAAGUUCAACAUUACACCUGUCCACACUGUGGUCAGAGUCCUCUGGUGUCUGAGUACACGGGUACCCUUUCCAAUGCAAAAUGCCCGAGAUGUCAUUGUGAGUUUCGCUGCAAUGAAGCCGGGAACAUUCUUGCUAUGAACAUGUACCUGACAUCGCUUAGCAGAAUAAAUUGACAAGACAGAAGAUAUAUAUGCGAAAAACAUACUAGAGUAUUUGAACAUUUACAUUGAACUCCCCAAACAAAAAUUACACGGUUUGAUUUAUAUAAUGAGGAACCAAAUAAUACGUGUCAUCAGAAUGGAUAAAGAAAAAUUGAUUGCUUUGUGAAAAAUCAGUUCUUACAUAAGUGUGGUUCUUCAUCAAUAUCCGUGUUGUCGCUUAUUGGGUAUGCUUGCCCGUGUAUCACGAACGCAUACUAUGUUAUCCCGGUGUUUUAUUUUAGGACUGUGAGUAGAACUCGACUAAUUUUCAAAUACAACGUCAAUAGUUACUUUGGUGUAAUUGUCAAUGUUUUAUUGGCUUUCCUAGUAUUUUGAUUUGUGUAAAAUAACCACUAUAUAUAAUUUGGUAAAUGUCAUAUAUUAUAUUCAUUUGUAUGCAUACGUGGGUUGUACGGAAUGUGUAUGCACAAACUGAAUAUUGUUAAUCCUCCAAAAACUGAAAAUUCGGUACGAGUGCAUGUUAAAUCGACGUUUAUUGAACAACAUGUACAUGGUACGUCUAAUCAUGUGAACAUACUUGUUUCGAUAACCAGUCUGUGAACUUUCCUCUUGUUUACACAUAUAAUUGGGAUGACUAAUCAUCCUUUUACAAAUUUUAGCAAACAUCUUCUGUUUUCAACAAAUCAAACCAAUUUUGCAAGUAUCAAUAAAACGUUUCUUGGUCAAAUUUUGUUUCAAAAUAAU